UUAUUUAGAGGCGGCGCCAGGGCGGCCGCGGAGAAACGUGACACACCAGCCCGCUCGCAGGGGUUUCGGACCGAAGGGAAGGAGCAGCGCGCCGCGUCGUCCACUUCCCUGCGCUCCGCGGGCACUUCUCCAGGGCUAACCCGAACUCUCCCGUGACCUCCGUGUGCCCUCAGGCCGCCCACCCGCCCGGAGCUCCGGACAACUUCAGGGGUGGGGUGCGUAGAAAGUUUGCAGCUCCCGCCGCCCGCCUCCACGCCUCUCGGCCUAGGAGGUUCUCCGCCCGCGCCCGCCCGUUCGGCCUUGCCCGGGACCGCGUCCUGCCCUGCCACCGCCACCAUGAACAAGCUUUACAUCGGCAACCUCAACGAGAGCGUGACUCCAGCCGACUUGGAGAAAGUAUUUGCGGAGCACAAGAUCUCCUACAGCGGCCAGUUCUUGGUCAAAUCCGGCUACGCCUUCGUGGACUGCCCCGACGAGCACUGGGCGAUGAAGGCCAUCGAAACUUUCUCGGGGAAAGUGGAACUACAAGGAAAACGACUAGAGAUUGAACACUCGGUCCCCAAAAAACAAAGGAGUCGGAAAAUUCAGAUCCGAAAUAUUCCACCUCAGCUCCGAUGGGAAGUGCUGGACAGCCUGCUGGCCCAGUACGGUACGGUGGAGAACUGUGAACAAGUGAACACAGAAAGUGAGACGGCAGUGGUCAACGUCACCUACUCCAACCGGGAGCAGACCAGGCAAGCCAUUAUGAAACUAAACGGCCAUCAACUGGAGAACCAUGCCUUGAAAGUCUCAUACAUACCCGAUGAGCAGAUAGCACAGGGUCCUGAGAAUGGGCGCCGUGGAGGCUUUGGGUCUCGGGGCCAGCCCCGGCAAGGAUCACCUGUGGCCGCAGGCGCUCCGGCCAAGCAGCAGCAAGUAGACAUCCCUCUCCGACUCUUGGUGCCUACGCAGUACGUAGGCGCUAUCAUUGGCAAGGAGGGCGCCACCAUCCGCAACAUUACAAAACAGACUCAGUCCAAGAUAGACGUGCAUAGGAAGGAGAACGCAGGGGCUGCCGAGAAGGCCAUCAGUGUGCACUCAACUCCUGAAGGCUGCUCCUCUGCCUGUAAGAUGAUCCUGGAGAUAAUGCACAAGGAGGCAAAGGACACCAAAACGGCAGAUGAGGUUCCCCUGAAGAUCCUGGCCCAUAAUAACUUUGUGGGGCGACUCAUUGGCAAGGAAGGCAGGAACUUGAAGAAGGUGGAGCAAGACACAGAAACAAAGAUCACCAUCUCAUCGCUCCAGGAUCUCACCCUGUAUAACCCUGAGAGGACCAUCACUGUGAAGGGGGCCAUUGAGAACUGCUGCAGGGCUGAGCAAGAGAUCAUGAAGAAAGUUCGAGAGGCCUACGAGAACGAUGUAGCGGCCAUGAGUUUGCAGUCCCACCUCAUCCCUGGUCUGAACCUGGCUGCUGUAGGUCUCUUCCCAGCCUCGUCCAGUGCCGUCCCACCACCUCCCAGCAGCGUCACCGGGGCUGCUCCCUAUAGCUCCUUCAUGCAGGCUCCCGAGCAGGAGAUGGUACAGGUGUUCAUCCCCGCCCAGGCUGUGGGUGCCAUCAUCGGCAAGAAGGGACAGCACAUCAAACAGCUCUCGCGGUUCGCCAGUGCCUCUAUCAAGAUAGCUCCACCGGAAACACCUGACUCCAAAGUCCGAAUGGUUAUCAUCACUGGACCCCCAGAGGCUCAAUUCAAGGCUCAGGGAAGAAUCUAUGGCAAACUAAAAGAAGAGAAUUUCUUUGGUCCCAAGGAGGAGGUAAAGCUGGAGACCCACAUACGCGUGCCAGCUUCAGCAGCUGGCCGGGUCAUCGGCAAAGGCGGCAAAACGGUGAAUGAGCUGCAGAACCUGACUGCUGCCGAAGUGGUAGUGCCAAGAGACCAGACCCCGGAUGAGAAUGACCAUGUCAUUGUUAAGAUCAUUGGGCAUUUCUAUGCCAGCCAGAUGGCUCAGCGGAAGAUCCGAGACAUCCUGGCUCAGGUUAAGCAACAGCACCAGAAGGGACAGAGCAACCAGGCCCAGGCACGGAGGAAGUGACCGACCACCCCUUCCUGUCCCGAUGGCUCCAGAUCAGCAGGCAGGACGCGGAACUGGAGUGUGGAGGGCCAGUGCGCUCUUCCCAGCAGGCCUGAGAAUGAGUGGGAAUCAGGGGCUUUGGGCCUGGCUGGAGAUCAGGUUUGCCCACUGUCUUGAGAAAAAUGUCCCAGUGAGGAAUCCUGAUCUCUCGCCCCCAGUUCAGCCAGGUGACCACCAUGGUCCACCCCUUGGAGUGCCACCCUUGCAAUUGUAGCUGGUGGCCACCAAGGCCUCCCCCCUUGUAGCUUGGGUUGCUUUUAAACGUGGAUUGUUUGAGAAAGUUCUCCAGCCUCCAUCAGGAAGAUGGGUCGGCUCCCAGUGGGGAAGAGAAAUAAAAUUUCCUUCAGGUUUUAUUAAACCUCAAAGGACGGUUUGUUUCUUGACCCCAUAAUCUUUCUAACCUGACUUCCUGGUUAAUUGAUGAAAAUUUCUCCCACUCUCAAUGUCUUGACCAAUAUCUUGCUGCUUCCCGUAUUCAUUUACACUGUCCCAGCCUUGCUACUAUGGGGUGGGGUGGGGGCUGGAGCACAGCUUUGUUUACAAUAUUAAUGCUGGAGAGCACCUGAUCCUCAACCAACCAAUGGGAACAGCAGGAUAGAAAGGAGAGAGAUAAUGAUUAAGAUAUUCUGAUCCACGUUUAAAAGGAGUCCUUGGGCUAAGGAUAGAGCCCAGUGGUCAGCAUACUUGCCUGGCAUGUUCAAGGCCCUGGUUUCCAUCCUUGGCAUCACAAAAAGAAAAACAGCACACCCUCGUGGGUGAGCUAUUACAGAUCGCCAUCUAGAAAAAUUGGCACAACAGAAAUUUCCCCUGGUCAGCAGGGGCUUCCCCACAAGAUUCCCCACUAUGUUUAUGCCCAUCUAACCCUGUGGGUCCUGCAUGGUGCCCUGGUACACAUGGGUGGUGCUGUGUUCUCAGCAGGGUGUGGGCUAAUCACUGUCCCUGAUUCCUAUCAUUCUCAGGCGGAUUUUAUAUUUUUUUUUUAAAGUCUAUUUUAAUGAUUGGAUAUAUGAGCUCUGGGAAAGGGGGUGUGUGCUCCCAUUGAUAGUGUCUCAGUUCCAUGGAGGAGUUGAGUGGCCCAAAGGUGCUCUCGCUCUAACCCGUGUGCUCUUACAAGGGCUGAGGCAGGCAUUGUGGUCCCUGCCACGGCACUGUUUCCUUGUGGCAGUGGGACUACAACCCAACCUUGAGCUCCUGAUAAAGCUUAAAGUCCUUCAUCUGGCAGACUUAGUCAAUUGCAGAAUAUGCUUCUGUUUUUAUUGUAGAGGAGUAUUUGACUGACUGCUCACGUCUCCAUGAAUUGUCGAUUGUUAUUAUGAAAGGCAUGCCUGAGAACAAACUUCAGAAUACCAGCAGCAUUGUGCACAAAGGGGUGAACACACUUAAUUUAUUAAUUUACCAGGCUCAAUAAGAUCCUGUUGGAAGUUUAGCCCUUAUGGAGGACAGUGGCCAUCGGUUAAGUGAGGCUAGGCCUCCCCUCCUAAUACUGUACUGAUUGUAACGCAUAUUUGCCAGGUGAUGCACUUUAGCUACCCUGGACAAAACUAUCAAGUGUGCUGGGAAGAAAGAAAGGCCUCUCUGCACUGGGAAAGCCCCUGCAGAGCCCCUCUCUUCCUGAUAGGACAACAGUGACAAGCAACCGUGAUGUGUGGGCGGAGUCAGGCAGUGCUGUGCUAAGUAAACUACCUCAAGGUGUGACGUUACCUCAGCAAUGAUUUCCUUUUGUUCCCCUAAACCCCGGUUUUUAAUUUCCCUUUUUUUUUUCUUUUUGAUUUUUUUUUCUUUGCGGCUUGCUGAUAUUUUAUAUAAAAAAAGAAAAAGCAAAAGAGAAGCUGAUAGUCUUGAAUAUUUUAUUUUUUUAAUGAAAAGAAAAAAUGAGAAAGUUAUGUUUCAUAAUUUCUUACAUGAGCCAGUAACUCUUUAGGAGCUCUCUGGAGAACAGGCCCUGUGGGGAAAGGUGGGUACUGGGGGCUGGAACCAGGGGAGGAGUGGAUAACCCCAAAGGGGUCCAGGGCCUUGAAGUAGGAGAUAAAAUCUAGCAGAGCUUGGACCCUUGGGGACCAAACAGCAGUCAGUGCCCACUAACCAGAUGGCCUGUGGGCACCCCUCCCUCUCCUCCUGUGGUGAAACAGGGUCUCAGCUGGGUUUUCCCACCAGUGGUGCUGUUAUUUUAAGAUAUUGCCUCCGUUUUAUCGAGGAGAGAAAGAAUAACUAAAAAAUAUAACUUUUUAAGAAAACCUGUAUUUCUUAAAACAUAUGGGAGCCAAGAUUCCGCUUAUGGGAGAAAGACAAGGCCAGCCUCCCCCCCUCGAGGGACCGUCCUGGUUUCUCCGUGCAGCGCUUUCCGUAUUUAUUUUUUGGUUAUUGUUUCAUUUCCAUCCCACCUUGCUGUUCUUAUUCUGUGUCAUUCAUAGACUGCGAGGCAAGCAGGUCGACCAGGACUGCUCUCCCCCACCUCCUUGUCUCCUUAGCUUGGUUUGGUUGGGCCUGUUAGGUAGAAAUUCUCGAUUUAGGAUGGUGGGCAGCCAAGAGGGGAGGGAAGAUGAUGAACAUGACUGGGACAGACAGGGUUUUGCUUUGGUACGAUCUUACCACAUGGCCCCUGUGACAGCCCCUCCUAGCCCUCGAACCAUCUAAUCCAAAGAGGAGAAGCAGGAAAGUCUUUUGGAUGGUAACAGGCCUGUCCCAGACACAAAGGGUCUCCCAACUUCCCGUCUGGCUCUACAUGCUUCGUCUCCAAACGAAGCAAACAAUGUUCAGACAUCGGCCGUUUAGUGAUUUAAAGUGGAUUUCUUGCAGCAAGCAUGCUUUGAUACCAGCUCAAAUGAUCAUGGGUGGAGGGGGGGAUCCCACAGUAUCUGAAAUGAGAUUGUUGGGGUGUUCCAUUCCUUGGGGGCCUGCUCCCUUCACACUUUUUCAGCCCGAGUCCUCUUCCUUUGACUGACGGAGCCCCCAGAAGAGAUCAGAAAGUAUGGCAGGGACCUGAAAACUUACAUGGAUUGGGCAAAGUUCCCCUUGUGGCCGGACUUGUCCAGCAGGAAGAUUGUGAAAUUUGGCUUACUAGAAAGAUUGAUUUGGGGUCAGAGGUCAGCGGAAAGGAGAAGCCUGGUCUGUCUAGGGUUGUCGUGUGACCCAAGGGCCAGAUCUUAGCCCUUUUGCCUUGCUCAUCACCUCGUUCCCCCCAUCCUAGGUAAGAAAGCAAUCAUUACAAUAAGCACGUGGGAGAUUUGGAUGGUAUUGAGAAAAGCAACUUAAAACAAAUGCUCCCAUGCCCUAAGGUGUGUAUAGAGAGGUGUAUGGAUGUGCUACACGUGUGUUUUUAUGAAACGACCAUCUCUUUAGGAUUUUUUUCUUUUCAAUUCUUUGAAACACAUAAAAAGCCAAAUGGUUUGAUUCACUGACUUUAGAACUGUGCCUGCCGCUCACAGCGUGGGGGCUUACACCACCUUUGGGGUCUGGUUGCCUUUGCAGCCGAGUUCUAGACUCAGUGUUGAAGGGGACCAAGACAGGAGAGAGCCUAGUUGAGGACAGGGCAGUUAUGUGGCCUUGGCUCCUCUCUAGUCCUUUCUGUUUUCCAUUUUCUCCCCGAGCUCCCCACUCUUGGGGAAAACUCAAGCCUCACUGUUGGCUGGAGAGACCCCAUGUAAAACCCAGAGGACACUGGAGUAGGAUGCUCCGGUUGGUUCUGUAUGUCCGUUUUCCUUUGUGCCAAAGACAGACAGACAGACAGACAGACAGACAGAGGCUGAGAGACUGUUUCCGAGACAAAAGCAGUGGCCGGCCAUCUUUCUACAUCUCCUAGGCCUGUUUGCAAGGGGGAGGGGCCUGGAGACAGUGUACACUAAAGACAAGGACCCACUCUUCUUAAGCUCCUGGGGGAUUUGGGAGUGGUGCUUGCCAAGGGCUAGGGAGCAGGAAAAAAGGGGUCCUUUGACUCCCUGUUGCACUUUGGGGAAGGAGGGACUAUUUCCGGCUCCUCGUGGGACUGCUUUCCCCUGUCCCCACUGCAGAGAUGGCACCAUGGAAUUCCCUUCAGGCCUGGCAGACUGGCAGUGAGGAGGGGCCUCAGUUAGCUCUCAAGGGUGCCUUCCCCUCCUCCCUUUCCAGACACCCUCUGCCAAACUGGGAACCAUCAGUGCUACUAACUACCUCAGCCCCAGAGGGCGCCAAGCCUAACUGAGCCCCAGGUGGAGCUGGCUGGUGCCUUUAGGCAACUCUACUCCCCCUCUCUUGGGGCGAGGUCUCCUUUCCUUUCCCUGUUUGUGGGGGAGAGCCUAGUGGCUUUGCCAUUCUAACCACACAACUGUUUUGCCUGUUUGUUGAAAGCCCAAUAGAAGGAAAACAGCUCUGCCUGACAGGACAUUGUAGGAAGGUUGAAGAGAAUCCUCAACGCCAGGGGAUAGAAAAGCCAUUUUCCUUCCAGAUACUCGAUGGUCUAGGUGCAGCAUGUUUCUCUCGUAUUCAGAAGGAGAGUAAAACCAGCCGAAACUCCCUGUUUCUUUCCUUUGGUUACAUCUCGGUGAGGGUACAGGAUAUGGGAGAGGCCACGCGCCCAAGGGGUCUGGUGGAUAGGUCAGAGCCUUAGCCCUGCAUGUUCUGCGGGCACCAUUGCUGAUGGCCUCAGAUGGUUGGAUCUGGACUGACAGAAGAAGAGCGUUGGUUCUUCUGAAAUAGCAGGAAGCUCCUGGAGCCCGUGUGUUUUCGUAAUCACAGAUGAUGAAUGAUGAGUAUGAAUGGAUGAACUACUACCUCAGUCCUUACAGUGAGAUUGGAAAUAAGGGCAGGGACUCAUGCAUGAGGGUAUGAAUCCCAGCCAGAAGAGAGUUGAAGCUUAUGCCACAAAAGGUUUGUCUUGGGGAUCGGGCAGGCCUGCCAGGGUCCCCACUCAUAUCGGUCGGGUUGGCAGGGUUCGUCAUCUCGUCCCGUACCCCCCUUUUCUGCUUUCCUUGCCCAUGCUCCCACCCCUUUCGCUCCAGCUUGUCCUUCCCGCGCUUGCCUUAGCUUGGGUGGACAAGCCAGUGAGGAAAGGAAUGGGAUCUUCCCUUAGAGAGCUGGCUGCAGGUGAGUUCUGGGUCUGGCCUGGACUCCCUCGCUCGGUUCCUGUGUUCGGAAGUCCCAGACCCAGGGCCUCUACUCCAGGGUUUCUUGAGUGUCCUCUACCUCCCCUGAGCUCUUCUCCGUGUGGGGCAGUUGGCUCUGGGGGAGAAGAGAUGGACAUGAUCCUUUGCCCUGGGGCCCAGCCCAGUCUAUCAGGCUUGCUCAGGCCAUCUUUGUAGUUGGGGAUGCCACUGGGUGACCUAGCCCUCACUACCCUCUAAAGGACCUUCUAGAAGCCCCGUUUCACUUUUGUUUUUAUCUACCUCUUAGCGAAACAGCAUAGAGAAAUUAGGUAGUGGCGACUCAACUUGCUUAGCUUAGGGGGGAAAGGUUUCUUUUUCCAGAGCAAAAAAAUAUUACCUUAAAAAUACUUUCCAAAAAAUAUUUUAAAAAAUUAAAAACCAAAACAAAAUUAUUUUAACAAAGGGAGACGAUAUCCAGUAACCAAUGGAUUAGUUGCCUAAACAGCCCCCCCCCCCUACAUACAUACGUGUCACUUUCUGCCACCUUCACUGAAGAUGAUGAGAUAGCGUUCCUAGUGUGCUCCUUGGCUAUCAUAUCCCACCCCAUGGCUGCCAGUGAGACCCAUCUGUGCUUCUUUCUGGUCAUUAACUCUCCCAGCCAGGUGACUUAGACACUGGGUUGGGGAGACAUGGUCCUGACUCAGUGUUCCCUCUUGGCAGGUGCCUAGGGACCACUGGUGACAUUAAUUACAGUUUUAUGUGAGCUCAUUCGAAUGAAUUUAAGCAGAUUAUAAAUUAUCAUAAUAAAUAUCUUCUAUAACCAUUUGGAGUCUCCCUUCAGAAUCUUGAUUCUGGUCACGCAAACUGGAGUUAAGUCAAAAGAGCCUGCUCCCCUAAGGCAGAAUGGAUUGAUUGACAGGCAGUCCUGAGACAGGCUUCCCGUGAGGACUUGAUGCUUCUGGGUGGGAAUCUGGGAGGGGUUGGACGGCUGCUGCUUGUGACUGUUGUAUUCGAUAAUCACAACUUUGAAAACUGUACUUUACGGGAACUCUGCCAGUGUCGCAUCCCUGAAUUUGAUUGUGCCCUCCUCCUAUCCUUUUCUUGAAGCUGGGGGAGGUGGGCAGCUGGCUCGGACUUGGCAAGUUUGUUGUUUCAAUGAGUGAGCGCUCCGGGUUCCCGGUGAAUGUUGUUUCAGCCACAAAGCAAUUUCAUUCCAUUGUUUCAAUCUCAAAAUAAAAGA